UCUUUCUCUUCGCUGGUGUCCGAUUUCAAUUGUUCAUAGACGGUGUGUUUUGCAGUGACUGAUUUUUAAAGACUGCCCCAACAAACCCUGAAGAUGACCAUGUUGAAUGUAGACGCCCAAAUUCGCUAUUUAGUGCAAUGGUUCAACGAAUGGAGCGAUUUUCAAAGAUCCGAUUUUUUGCCCAUCAUGGCAGAGAGAUAUGCUAAUAAGGCUUAUGUCAAUGGAAUAGUUAACAGUAUAUCGGGGGUCAAUUGCAGGGACAAACCCAUGAGUCUGUUCGAGUGCAGGAUAAAGCUCUUUAAAGAAUGGUUUUUGGCCUGGAAUCAGGAGCAAAAAGAGAACUUUUUCAAACAAAUUACCGAGGUUGAUGCCGCAUUCGCGGAAAAAUUAAAUUCCGAACUAGAAAAUGAUACGGUGAAUAAUGCUGCAAGUCUUAACGGAGAGGCUGUUUUAGAAGACUAAUUGUUAAGAUCAAAAUAAUUCCUGUUUUGGCAACUAUAAAUUUUAAUAAAGUUUUAAUAUUUAUUAUUUUUACCUGGAUUGUUCAUUAAGUUUAGUUUUUAAUGUGAUAUUUUUUAAUGAUUAUAUUAUUCAAGG